UCGAUAGAUCGAUCGUUUGAUUCCUCGAUCCCGGGCGAUGGAGGAGCUGAUCAGCAGCGGACUGGCGGGGAUGGACAUAUCCAUCCUCCACGGGGGCGAGGGCGAGGGCGAGGGCGAGGACGAGGCCGAGGCCGAGGAUGCCAGUGCCACCAGAGAGCAGAGGGAGGAGAAGAUGAAGGAUGUGAGGAGGGAGAACCAUGAUGAGUAUAUUAACAGCACACCUCCUCCAUGUCCAUGUCCGCCGCCGCCGGCGGCGCCGGAGACGACGACGCAGGAGGAAGAGGAGGAGGAGGGGGUUUACAGGGAGGAAGAUCGGAUCGCCAGGUACCGCGGGCUGUGGGAGAGCCGCUUCGCCGGCAAAUUUGGCUCCUUCGACGACCAGACAAGUCUUGGUCCCACGCGCUUUACAUUCGGAUCCAUCCCGAGCUACGCGAGACCUCAUUGUACCAUGCAGAUCUUCAGCGUUCGGGUGGCUGACCUGGAAGACGGCCUCCAGUGGCCGCUGCAUGUCCACGGCCUGGUCGCCGCCAGGGACACCUCGGAUCACAAUCGCAACUUCCUCUUCAACCGCACCAGGGAUAACUGCCAGGUCCUCACCCAACAGGCAAGCACCGUGCAUCAUUUCUUGUCUGUUGUUUUAUGUUAAAAUAUAUUUCCUCUGAUUCUUCAUCUUCAUCGAGUUGGAUCAUGAAUUUGAUAUAUUCACCAUAUUUCUCGUCUUCGUUACAUGAUAGUCUGUCAAUCGUUUGGUUGACAUGUGUUGCUUGCAUUGCAGGAUCCAUACCUACUGCUGACAGGCCCGUCGCGCGCGAUCGUGAUCAUCGACCCGAUCACGAUUGAGUUCCAGCUGAAGGUGAAGAGCAAGAUGUACCCCGAAGAGGACGAGAUGCUGGCCUUUGGGAUCUUCAACUACCCCCAGACCUACCUUGCCACACAUGUGAUCCGCUCUCGUAUCCUCUGCGACCGGUGCACGAUCGAGCUUGCCUAUGCGCCGCUGGACCCCUCGGUCGAGGCGACCGUCAUCGGUGUCCGGAUCAUCGACGGUGUCUGGCCAGAGGGUCUCCGAGGGCGCGUCGUCACCGAGGUCACAACCGUGAGGGAAGGGGAGGUGCUGCUGCUUGACUCCCGGGACGGGAAGAUGCCGAUCAGCCCUUCGACCGGCGUGGUCGAGCUCUCGAGGCGCGUCGUGUCAGUGGACCUCGAGGGGGGGAAGCUGGUUGUCUCCGUGGUGGCGUCCCCUCAGACCGCUGGCAAAGAAGACGGCGAUGAUGGUGGUGGCGCUGCCGUCGUUGUUGCGCGAGGCGAGGCCGUGUUCGCGCCGAAGAGGGCCGGCACGAGCAAUGGCACCUGCGAUCUUGGCUUCUGCAAGGUGGAGGUUGCUGUUGCAUGGUCCCUUGUUUCGAGCUUGUGGAAUGAGCGGCGCGCCCUCGCGAAACUCGCGGAGGAGAGGGCAUGAAUGAGUGUUCUUUGUGUUCCUGUGUACUGAUCUGCUCACAGUUGAUCUAGUCUGCUAGUUUAUUCAGUCUACUUAAUUACUAUAUGUUGAUCUAGUCUGCUAGUU